CACCUCAGAGGCUGCAGAGAUGAACCUCACACACAGUAGCCAGCAGCAUACAGGAGCACAGCUGCCCUCUCUCAGAGAGGGAAGAAUCUGUCAAACAUGUGCUGAUAUCCAGGACCCUGGCCACUGGUCUGUGAUGCCGCCCUCUAUCUCCUUGGAGAGUGGAGAGUGUGUGUACACUGUGAGCUCUGCUGCAGGGAGCUAUGAGUGUUCAGAGUCCAGUCUGCGCUGGUCAUGUUCUGGUCCAGUCAUCCUGCAGUACCGCAUCAGCAAGGAGGAGCUGUUUUGGGCCCAGUUGCAGAUGUUAGGGUACCGACCCGCGGGUCCUCUGAUGGAAAUCAAGCUUCUGUCAGGAGAGCUGGGGGAGGUCUACCUGCCCCACUCCCUCUGCCUGGGUGGUUCUGACCCAGUGUUGCUAGGAGACGCAGUCAGGGCUCUGCAUAGCGACGACAGUGGCGUUUCCCUGGAGACGUGUGAGCUGAGCCGUUUCCAUGGCAAGCUCUUGGCACAGCACUUCUCUGUAUGGCAGCUGGUGGUGAGGUUGGGCAUCCCAGUAAAGGACCACUGCGAGGUGCUGAUCUGUGAGCACUGCCCUUGGCCUCUGGUCCUGCACACCUACCUGCUGCCCUUGUCUUCCUCAGCCAAGCAGGAGGUGAAGAGUAAGGGGGGCAGGUUCAUUGGCAAGUCUUCUCCCGUCCAAUCCCUCUGGAUCGACUCCACAGUCCAACUGCACACCUCUCCAGACUCCCUUGAGAUCACGCCCUCAGUGCUGAUAUUCAACUACAGGAACCCCUCUAUUACCUUCUUUGAGGUGUAUCUGGAGAACCCCUUGCGGAACUUCAAGAUGGAGAUCAAGACUGCGGAGAACCAGACGGUUUGGGAAGCGGUGCUGAGGCAGGGAGUCGACUACCUCACGGAACAAAAUCGCGCUGACUCACAGAACACCCCAGAGUCAAACACAGGUCCUCCACAGAAGCCCAACGAGAUACCUGGGCAAGUCGACUGCCAGAUAGUGGCAGAAUUUCUGAAGAAGACUCGUCCAAAGCUCAUCCAGAGGGUCACAGAGGUGAUGCCCAUAGCUGACCAGCUCCUCUCUCAAGAGAUGAUUGGCCAGGAGACCUACGCCAACAUUCAGGCUGCUGCCACCAUCAGGGCCCUGCAUGGUGAUGACAACGGUGUUUCCUUGGAGACGUGUGAGCUGAGUCUUUUCCAUGGCAAGCUCUCCGCACAGCAGUUGUCUCUGUGGCAGCUGGUGGCGAGUUUGGGUGUCCCAGUGAAGAGCCACUGUAAAGUGCUAAUCUAUGAACACUGCCCUUCGCCUCUGGUCUUCGACGUCUACCUGCUGCCCUCACCCUCCUCAGCCAUCCAGGCGGUGGAGAGUAAGUGGAGUAAGAAUGAGCCCAUCAACAAACCUUCCCCCGACCAAUCCCUAUGGAUCGACUCCACGUUCCAGCUGCACACCUCCUGCCCCUCAGACAUCAAACCUACAAGGGUGACCCUCUCCUACAAACCUGAGCCCUCCUUCUACCAGGUGGGUUUGAUGGAACCACCAGAGAAAUUUGACAUGGAGCUUCAAGGUGUUAAUGGGAACCAACCGGUUUGGGAAAUUGUGAUGUGGCAGGGAGUCGACUACAACAGGAGACAAGACCACACCGACUCACACAGGACACCAAAGUCACACACAGGUCCUCCACAGCAGCCCAGCAGGACCCCCGUGGACCCCCUGUUGGCCGCUGCCUCUCUGGAGGAGAAGAGGCCGAAGCUCAUCCAGAGGGUCACAGAGGUGAUGCCCAUAGCAGACCAGCUCCUCUCCCAGAGGAUCAUUGGCCAGGAGACCUACGCCAACAUCCAGGCUGCUGCCACCAGUCAGGACAAAAUGAGGCUCCUGUUUGAUGGCCUGCGCUCAGCUGGGGCUCAGGGCAAACUGGCCUUCUGCACGAUCCUACAGGCACAGCAUCCCCACCUAGUGGAGGAACUGUGGAGUGCAAGAUGAAGACACAUCCAGACAGCUUGAUCCUGCUCUCAUGAGGGUGGAAAAAAUGAUCUAAACUGUCAAAAUGUCUUGCUCUCUUGAAAGACACACAAUUCAAAACAAAAUUGUUUUUAAGGCAGUGUGAGCGAGUUGAA